UGCAGAAACGCUUCGACAAAACGCAAACAUGCUCAGGUUUCUGGUCUUGACGAGUCUCGCUGCCUUGGUGCUGGCUGAGCUGAAGCCCCAGCCAAGGUUCCUGAAGGACAGCAUGGAGAGGGUUGUUGGUGGUGAGGUUGCUACCCCCAACUCCUGGCCCUGGCAGAUCUCACUUCAGUACAAAUCAGGCAGCCUUUUCUACCACACCUGUGGGGGAAGCCUGAUCCGUAAAGGCUGGGUUAUGACUGCCGCUCACUGUGUGGACAGCCCCAGGACGUUUCGUGUGGUUCUCGGGGAUCAUGACCUUAACGUCCACAAUGGCAGAGAGCAGUUCAUCGUUGUCAACAAGAUCUACAUCCACCCCCAGUGGGACUCGAACAGAGUGUCUAAUGGGUAUGACAUUGCUCUGCUGCAACUGUCCUCUGAUGCCAUCCUGAACUCUUACGUCCAGCUUGCUGCUCUACCUCCUUCUGGCCAAAUUCUGCCUCAUAACAAUUUCUGCUACAUCACUGGAUGGGGACGCACCUCCACUGGUGGGAGCUUGUCUGAAGAGCUCAAACAGGCCUACCUUCCUGUGGUGGACCACAAGACCUGCUCCAGCAGCGACUGGUGGGGCAGUACUGUGAAAACCACCAUGGUGUGUGCCGGUGGUAAGGCUGAGGCUGGAUGCAAUGGAGACUCUGGCGGCCCUCUGAACUGCCAGGUCAAUGGCCAGUACUAUGUGCAUGGUAUUGCCAGUUUUGUGUCAGGAUAUGGAUGCAAUUAUCCCCAGAAGCCCACUGUCUUCACCCGUGUGUCUGCCUACAUCGACUGGAUCAACUCAGUGAGUGUUAAAAAUUACAAUCAUUUUAUAUAG